AUGGGCAACCAGAUCAAUGGACGCAGCUCGCCCUUACCACUCGAUUGCGCAGCUAUGCAGGAUGGAUUGAAUAGCAGCAUCAAUAUCGCGCCACUGGACCAAAGAAAACAAAAUUCAGCUCAGCGACCAGAUUCACUCGUAACUCAGGUGUACAACUAUCUCGACCUGGGAAGCCCAGUGGUAGCAUGGAACUUCGACGAAGAGCUCAGCAGUAUCAGCGGUAUACCAGUGCAGCAGCUACGUAAAGACGACUGCAUAUCAACCAGCCUAGGAAGGCCACCUUACCAGGGCAGUGGGACUGCCCAAGCACAGAAGUCCCCGCGCUGGCAGGCUUUAAAACUGUAUAUCCAGGCGUGGGACGCACUGCAGGAGCAGAACAACACAUCAACACCCCUCGAGUGA